CACACUAAUGUCUCUAAGCAAGAAAACACCAUGGCUUCUCUUCACUCUCAAACUCCUAUUGCCUUCCCCACCCUGAUUCUACUCCUUUUCAUUUCCUUCCUAACCACCAUCCUUUCCCAAGAUCCCAGCUCCUCAAGCCCCUCCAUAGCCCAAUGUGCACCACGCCUGAUUCCACUGACCCCUUGUGCAUCAUUUGUGCAGGGCACAGCCCAGUCACCAGGACCUAUGUGCUGCACCAACCUCAAGCAACUCUACAGCCAGGAACCCCAUUGCCUCUGCCUCUUGCUUAACGGCACUACCUUGAGCUCUUUCCCUAUUAACACCACACUUGCUUUGGAGCUUCCUGUUCUUUGCAGCCUUCAAGCUAACAUCUCUACUUGUUCAGGAAUAAAUGUGCCUUCUAAUCCAUCCGGUUCUCAAGUUUCCCUUGGGACAAACACCAACUCUACUCAGGGGAGUAAAGCAAACUCGACUGUUGCUGCUUCUCCAGUGGUUCAAGUAGCACCCAGAACCAACAUUACGGGAUUAGGCUUUGGCAGAAGCACCAGCACCAGCACCAAAUUGAAGACGGAUGUUGAUUUUGCACUUGUGACAACUAUGGCAGCUUUUCUGUUGACAAAAUUAUUGUAUUGAGGUGUUUAUGAAAUCUUAGUGUCUAGGAUUGAAGACUUGUUUACUACCCUUGUUAAGACUUGUUUACUACCCUUGUUAAAAAUGGUUUUUGAUUUGUAUUUGGAUGCUAUCAUAUAUUUCGUUGGAAUAAAAUUACAAUAGUUUAUGGUUAUAA